AUGAAGGUCCUUGCUGCCCUCGCGCUGAGCGCCCUGGCUCUGGCCAAACCAACUCCUCCCAUGCCGGGCAUGUCUUUGAUCCAGACUGGUCCCCAGGAGACUCGCUGGGUCACCGAUGCUGAGAAGCUCGAAUUGACCAUGAACAACGUUGGCUUCUUUGAUAUCACCGACAUGCCAGUUACUGCCAGCUCUGUCACCAAGCCAAAGUCCUAUGCUUUCCCCGGAAACGUCAGCCACCAGGCAGACGUCAAGCCACUUCUCGGAAAACUCUCUUCUGACCACCUCAUGAGCAACCUCCAGAAGUUCUCCGACUUCCCCAACCGCUACUACCAGGCUGACACCGGUGUCCAGUCUGCCGAAUGGGUCCUCUCCCAGGUCCAAGGAGUCAUUGGCAAGAUCCAGGGUGCUAAGGCCGAGAAGAUCGAGCACAAGUGGAAGCAGCCCAGCAUCCGUGCCAUCAUUCCCGGAAAGUCCGAGAAGAUUGUCGUCGUCGGUGCUCACCAGGACAGCAUCAACGGCCAAAACCCCAAGGCAGCUGCCCCCGGUGCUGAUGACAACGGCUCCGGCUCCAUGACCAUCCUCGAGGCCCUGACCGCCCUCGUCUCUGACCAGAAGAUUGCUGGCGGCCAGGCUACCAACACCAUCGAGUUCCACUGGUACGCCGGAGAGGAGGCUGGCCUCCUCGGCUCCCAGGCCGUCUUCCAGCAGUACAAGCAGGCUGGCAAGGAGGUCGUUGCCAUGCUUAACCAGGACAUGACCGGAUACGGAAAGACCAUGGGUAUCAUCACUGACAACUCCGACUCCGCCCUCACCACCUUCACCAAGAUGAUCCUCGACACCUACACCACCGCCAAGUACGCUGACUCCGAGUGCGGCUACGCCUGCUCUGACCACGCCUCUGCUAACAAGGCCGGCUACCCAUCUGCCUUCGUCUACGAGGCUGUGCUCGGCCAGGACAACCCAGCCAUCCACUCCCCUGACGACACCAUUGAUAAGCUCGACCCUGCCAAGAUGCUCGAACACGCUAAGCUCGUCGUCGGCUUCGCAUACGAGCUUGCCUUCGCCAACUUGUAA